AUGCGAAUGUUAAAUGAAUUGAGCAACGCAACGCCUGGCCCCUUCGAUGGGCCACAGUGGCCCUACCUGGCUCCAAGGAGUAUCUACACCUCCGUGGCCGUCCUCAUGGGGCUGGUUGUGGUCUCCGCGGCCUUUGUAAAUGGUUUAGUCAUUGUGGUCUCCAUCCAGUACAAGAAGCUUCGUUCACCGCUGAACUACAUCCUGGUGAACCUGGCCAUCGCCGAUCUCCUUGUCACCUCCUUCGGCAGCACCCUCAGCUUUGCCAACAACAUCUACGGCUUUUUUGUGCUCGGCCGGACGGCAUGCGAGUUCGAAGGGUUCAUGGUCUCUUUGACAGGGAUUGUAGGCCUUUGGUCUUUAGCGAUCCUGGCUUUUGAGAGAUACCUCGUGAUCUGCAAACCCGUGGGAGGUUUCCGCUUCCAGCAAAGGCAUGCGGUGUUUGGCUGCGCUUUCACAUGGAUGUGGUCACUGGUAUGGACGCUCCCUCCACUCCUUGGCUGGAGCAGCUAUGUCCCAGAAGGCUUGAGGACAUCCUGCGGACCCAACUGGUACACCGGCGGCAGUGGCAACAACAGCUACAUCAUGACUUUGUUUGUGACCUGCUUCGCUCUGCCACUUGGGAUGAUCAUCUUCUCCUAUGCCAACUUGCUCUUGAUGCUCCGAGCUGUGGCAGCUCAGCAAAAAGAAGUCGAGACAACGCAGCGGGCUGAGAGAGAAGUAACGCGGAUGGUCAUAGCCAUGGUAAUGGCCUUUUUGGUUUGCUGGUUGCCUUAUGCCAGCUUUGCCAUGGUGGUUGCCACUAACAAGGACCUGGUCAUCCAACCGGCCUUAGCUUCUCUGCCAUCGUAUUUUUCCAAGACGGCCACUGUGUAUAACCCCAUCAUUUAUGUCUUCAUGAACAAACAGUUCCGCAGCUGUCUCCUGUACACAAUGAGUUGCAGCCGCAGACCGCGAGGCACGCAGGAAACAACACCGGCGAUGAUCAGCGUCCCCCGAGGUCCAACUUCAGCACUGCAGGGGAGCAGGAAUAAAGUGACACCUUCAGCUUCAGAAGGGAGCGGAAAUGAAGCAAUGCCUUCAUAA